GCGGAUGUGUCAAAGGCUAUUUGAUAUGAAAUAGCAUACAAAACACAUUUCAUCCAUCAAAUCGACGUUUUGACGUGUCGUCGAUUUACAGGCUACCGUGUUUAUUUUCUACUGUUUAGUCGCACACUUCCGCCCCCUGAAUAAAAAAAAAUAUUCCACGCAAUCGAUUUUAUAUGACGGAGAUUUUGAGCCCGAAUAAUUAUCGACUGUAAUCAUGAAUAUGCUGGAAGUUUUACGCCGCUUGGAUGCAUAUCCAAAAACACUGGAGGAAUUCAGCCAGAAGACUGUUUGCGGCGCGGCUGUUACGUUGGUUAGCUCAAUUAUUAUGAUAUGGCUGUUAGUCUUCGAAUUUUACGCUUACCUCACGCCCGACAUCACCGAGGAACUGUUCGUGGACACAACCAGAAGUCACAAACUUAAGAUCAAUUUGGAACUGUGCAUCCCAACGAUUUCAUGCAAUUAUUUGAGCUUGGACGCGAUGGAUUCAGCCGGCGACCAACAUUUACACAUUGACCACAAUAUCUAUAAGAGAAGAGUUGAUCUCAGCGGCGUUCCGAUAGAAGAAGGAAAGAAAGAAGAAAUUGCCACAUCGACAAAGAAACUUCAAAACGUCACAGCGGCACCAUUCGGAAAACCCGAAUGUGGAUCUUGCUAUGGAGCCGAAGUGAAUUCAACACAUUGCUGUCAAACUUGUCAAGACGUAAUUGAUGCAUAUCGCGAGAAACGAUGGAAUCCAGAGCCGGAAAAAUUUGAGCAAUGUAAACGUGAAAAUUACGUUGACAAGGAGGGCGAAGCGAAAAAAUUGGCUCUCACCGAAGGAUGCGAAAUCUAUGGAUAUCUCGAAGUGAACCGGAUGGGUGGCAGUUUUCAUAUAGCUCCCGGCAAAAGUUUUUCGCUAAAUCAUAUUCACAUUCACGAUGUGCAUCCUUAUUCAUCGUCAUCGUUCAACUUAUCGCAUGUUGUGAAACAUUUAUCGUUUGGCGAGCGAAUCAAUUUUGCAAAUACGCAUCCGCUCGACGGCAUGGAAGUGUCAUCCAAUGAGAGUUCGAUGAUGUUUCAAUAUUACAUAAAAAUUGUGCCGACAAUGUAUGUCAAACUGAAUGGUGAAACCAUUCACACCAAUCAGUUUUCCGUGACGAGGCAUUCGAAAUCGGUUUCGGUAACAUCGGGUGAAUCGGGUAUGCCUGGAAUAUUUUUUAGCUAUGAACUGUCACCUUUAAUGGUCAAAUACACCGAACGAGAAAAUUCAUUGGGUCAUUUUGCGACAAAUGUAUGUGCUAUUGUCGGUGGACUAUAUUCGGUUGCCGGAAUUAUUGAUUCAAUUUUAAAUAGUUCACUCCAUGUCAUUAAAAAGAAAAUCGAAUUAGGCAAAUUUAGCUAAUUCACUUCGAUAUAACCGUGUAAUUUGGACUCUCCAAAUAAUUUCUGAAAUUGCGCAAUUUGUGUGAUUAGACACGAUUCAACGUCGUGAAUCUCGUUUUUUUUUUGAUUUAACGUGUAAUUUAUUUUAUGAACUGUAAGUUGACUUUUCAUGCUUGAACCAAGCGAACGAUGGCAUUCCGACUCAAAUAAUCAAAAUGUGCAACAGUCCGUAGCUUGAAUAAUGUUCUUUUCCAUUAGAAUGACAAAAAAAAAUACAAAAUGCAACCAAAAACUUCCUUUCAACGAUUUUCGUGUAAAUAAAAUUUUCUUUGUUAUUUGAUAAUACCUUGAGUUUUUGGACAAAGCAUGCAAUAAAUUGUUCGUACACAAUCAUUGAAAUAUAUAUAUUGUAUAAUAUUUUGCAACGGUGUGUAUAAAAAUGGAGCCAUACAUCUGAAAUCGUUGAUCAUGUCCGAAUCAAUAUUAUUCCAAAUGUUCGAUGAAUUCGGAAUAUUUUUCCAUUUAAAUCGUCAGCUCAGCAAUAAGUUAAAGCAAUCAACAAGCUCAUUUUUUUAGUAGGAAAAUUACAGCGGGGAUCAGUGACGAAAACGCUCCAGUACUGAAAAUUUGUCUCCUCCAUAUACGCAAUAUCGAACUAUUUUUUCCUAAUUCUCGAAAAAAAUAAUAAACCUCUUAUUUGUAAAAUCUAAACAAUUUGAAUGUGUUGAACAGAAGGGCGGGACAAAAAAAUAAAAUCGACUUUAAUAAGAAAA